AUGAGGUCUGAGCAAGUUGGGAUAAGACAUAUGGUGGUAUUUUAUUUUCUGACUGAUUUAGAGGGUGACAUAGAGGUUCUUCUGUAUCUGGUAUACAUUAGAGUAGAUUUGAUGGGAACUGAACAAGUAGAGGGUACUAUUGACAGCCUCUUGAACCUAGUUUCUCACGAUCACGAAUCUUAUCGACGUGUACAUUACUCCGUUUUGCUCUUCAGUAACAAGGUGGUGCUGGUGAUCCCUCAGCAAAACAGACGAAGUUUCGGACCACCGUGGAGACCCGGUCCUAUGCGUUACAGAAAAUCUUCUCACGAUGGCGAGCACUAUCAUAAAUACUAUAGCCCACCCAUUCAUUAUCACAAAAGACCUGGGCAUGGGAAUGUGCCCUUCCCUCAUGGAGGAGACGAUUUUGACCAAGGUCACGAGCAGGUGAAUCAUGUUCAUAUACCUUAUGGGAAAGGUAUACGUCACGCUAUUUCUUAUGGCAAGGGCUACAUCCCCUAUGAUCGGGUCAAGGACGCUCUUUCCUAUGGUCGGGGAAGACCAGGGUCCCAGGAGUACAAACACUCGGAUGCAGACUACGAAGCCACUUCGUUCACCUCCUCAGGUUCGGACUACUCCCUAUCAGGACAUUCCUACGAGUCUCCAUCGACACACUCCUACGAGUCCUCUCCAUCAGAAACAUACUACACAAACGCCGACAACUUGAAUUACAACGAAAGAAGAAACGACGAGAAGAAGUUCUACACAUCGAGGUCCAUAGAAAAGAACCUAGCAGCGAACAGUGCCGUCGACUACAACGGCGCUGUGGACAAGGACGAGCUCUUUCUGUUGCAGCAGAAACCAGAAUUGUACAAGAACAUCUCUCCGGUGCCACAAGGUGGCGUUGUGAUGCCAACCGGCAUACCAUCAGCCACAAUCGGUGGCAGUAAAGAAGGAAUAGUAUUAAGAGACUCGGUAGCCUUGGACGAAUAUCAGCAGAAGCUGCAAGAAAUGACAAAGUCCUGGCCACAAUUUUUCUCCAACUCUGCAACCACUAUGGGAAAUAAUUACAAUCAGCAGUUGACAGGAGGUUAUUCCUUGACUCCGUCUUCUAACUUCGGAGGAUCUCUCGGGUGGACCUUGAACUAUGCUCAGCCUAAGGGCUAUGACGUGAAGGAGGAGGUCAUGGAACAACCCCAGGAUUUUCGAACCAUGCCUAUUCAGACUAACCAGUAUCAGACUUACUCGGUUCCCAUGAACAUGGUUGUACCUUCGGUCGUACAGACGGUUCAUGGCUAG